AAAUUUGAGUAAUUUUUUUUAUAAUAUUUUUCUUACAAUUUCAAGACAACUUUCAAAAGAAAUGCACCCGCGGUUAAAAGUAGCCCUCCCUUUAUUAGGCUUGAGAUGAGAUUUAUAAACUGUAGUUGUUACGUUUAAGUUCCCAUUGAGUAAGAACAUUAAACAAUUGUAUUAUAGCAUGAAAACAUGAAUUUAUAUACUUCCCUCAUUGCACAUUGCGCGCACACAAAAUCCUUUACUACCCUCAAAGCAAUUCACUCCCACAUCAUCAAAUCCGGUUUCUUGUUCUCAUUAUUGGGUCACAAGCUCAUUGAUGGAUACAUCAAAUGCGGCAUCAUAACUAAAGCACGCAAGCUGUUCGACGAAUUGCCCAACAGACACAUAAUUACUUGGAAUUCAAUUAUCUCCUCUUAUGUCAGCCAUGGGAAGACCAAAGAAGCUAUUAAGCUUUACAACAACAUGCUCUUUGAGGGUGUUUUACCCGAUGCUUACACGUUCUCUGCAAUCUUUAAGGCUUUUUCGGAGUUGGGUCUUUUACGUGACGGCCAAAAGGCUCAUGGGUUGGCUGUGGUUUUGGGUUUUGAGGUCUUGGAUGGGUUUGUUGCAACUGCCAUUGUUGAUAUGUAUUGUAAGUUUGAUAAAAUGAGGGAUGCCCGUUUCGUGUUUGACCGUGUUUUGGAUAAAGAUGUUGUCUUGUUUACUGCAUUGAUUGUGGGGUAUAAUCAGCAUGGUCUUGAUGGCGAAGCUUUAGAGGUUUUUGAGGAAAUGGUUGGUAUGAGAAUAAAGGCUAAUGAAUAUACUCUAGCAAGCAUUUUGGUUAGUUGUGGUAAUUUAGGAGAUUUAGUUAAUGGUAAGUUGAUUCAUGGUCUUGUUGUUAAGUCAGGUUUGGAAUCUGUUGUUGCUUCACAGACUUCACUUCUUACUAUGUAUUCGAAAUGCAGCAUGGUUGAGGAUUCAAUAAAGGUGUUUAAUCAGCUUGCUUAUGCAAGCCAUGUGACUUGGACGUCUUUUAUAGUCGGUCUUGUGCAAAACGGGAGAGAGGAGGUUGCUGUGUCGGUAUUUAGGGAAAUGGUCCGUUGUUCAAUAAGUCCGAAUCAUUUCACGCUGUCUAGUAUUCUUCAUGCUUGUUCAAGCCUUGCAAUGCUUGAAGUAGGGGAACAAAUACAUGCCAUAACCAUGAAACUAGGAGUAGUUGGAAAUAAGUAUGUCGAUGCUGCAUUGAUACAUUUGUAUGGAAAAUGUGGAAAUGUAGAAAAGGCAAGGUCUGUUUUUGAUUCACUGACCGAGUUAGAUAUAGUAUCCAUUAAUUCAAUGAUCUAUGCUUAUGCUCAAAAUGGUUUUGGGCUUGAGGCACUUGAGCUAUUUGAAAGAAUAAAAAAAUUGGGACUUGAGCCUAAUGGUGUUACAUUUAUUAGCAUUCUCUUGGCAUGUAACAAUGCCGGGUUAGUUGAAGAAGGUUGCAAAAUAUUUGCUCUUAUUAGGAAUAUUAACCAUGAUAUGGAGUUCACAAGAGAUCAUUAUACUUGUAUGAUUGAUUUGUUAGGUCGAGCGAGGAGAUUUGAAGAGGCUGCAAAGCUGAUAGAGGAGGUGAAAAAUCCCGAUGCAAAACUAUGGAGAACACUUCUGAAUGCAUGUAAGAUUCACGGAGAGGUAGAGAUGGCAGAAAAAAUUAUGAGAAAUAUUGUUGAACUUGCUCCUGGAGAUGGAGGAACUCAUAUUCUCUUGACGAAUAUUUAUGCGUCGGCUGGAAAAUGGAAUGAGGUGAUUGAGAUGAAAAGUGCACUGAGAGAUUUGAGGUUAAAGAAAAGUCCUGCCAUGAGUUGGGUUGAUAUUGAUAGAGAAGUUCAUACUUUUAUGGCAGGAGAUUUGUCUCACCCAAGAGCUCAUGAGAUUUUAGAAAUGUUGCAUGAAUUAAUAGAGAAGGUUAAAACUAUAGGUUAUAAUCCUGAUACCAAGUUUGUGUUGCAGAAUUUAGAGGAAGAGAAAAAGAUUAGUUCUCUAUAUUAUCACAGUGAAAAAUUGGCUAUAGCUUUUGCUUUAUGGAAGUCUAGUGGUAGGACUAGUACUAUAAGAAUUUUCAAGAAUCUUAGAGUUUGUGGUGACUGUCACGAAUGGAUAAAAUUUGUUUCUUUGCAAACUGGGAGAGAUAUAAUUGCUAGAGAUGCAAAGAGAUUUCAUCAUUUUAAAGGAGGGAUGUGUUCAUGUAAAGAUUAUUGGUGAAUCACAAUUGUUAUAUUCCAAAUAUUGAAGAUAAAUACAAUUGUUAUAUUCCAAA